AUGGAUUCGGAAGAACAUAACCGUACUUCGGAUCUAGCCGCUGGAUCAACUGGGACCAUCAACGGGCUCCCCAGUGGACAGCAGUUCCUCCCAGCUGGCAUGGCAAGCUUUGUUCGCCCCACACAGUUCGGUCAGCAGCCACCGACGGGACUGCUACGACAGGGACUUUCUCAACAGUUCCCCGAGCAGCAGCAACAGCAGCAACAGUCGUAUCAAUCAACACACCACCUCUCAGCAUCCGACGCACUCCUUUCCCAGCUCCUCCAACAGCAGCAAGCAUUUGCAACACAAAUGCUCAAUCAGCAGCAGGAAUUUAUGCGACAGCAGCAGGAGAUGUUCCUCCGUACGAUGUCAUCGUUGAGCGUGCAGGUACCAUCUAACCCUGAAGUGAUUUUAGACUCACUUUCGCAUCACAUCAAGGAGUUCCGGUACGAUCCGGAAAACAACAUAACGUUUGCGGCUUGGUACGCGCGGUACAAGGACCUGUUCGAGCAAGACGCUUCCCGGCUCGACAGCGAAGCAAAAGUGCGUUUGCUUCUCCGGAAGAUGGGUUCCGCCGAACAUGAACGGUACGUCAACUUCAUUCUUCCGAAACUAUCGAGGGACUACCAAUUCGAUGAAACAGUUCGGAAAUUGGGGAUCCUGUUUGGUGCUGCUGAAUCGCUCAUCAGCAAGCGGUAUCGUUGCCUGCAGACAACGAAAAAGUCCACCGAAGAUUACGUUUCGUUUUCAUGCCGUGUAAACAAGAACGCGGUCGAUUUUGAUCUGAGCAAAUUAACGGAGGAGCAGUUCAAAUGUUUAUUAUUUGUUUGCGGCAUGAAAGCGGAGUGUGAUGCAGAGGUGCGUACGAGACUGUUGGCAAAAAUCGAGGACCGGAACGACGUGACCUUGGAGCAGCUUUCUGAAGACUGCCAGCGGCUGAUGUGUCUGAAGAGAGACACUGCUCUGAUCGAGGGAACAUCCGAACCACCAGCAGUGCAGUUCGUGGAGCGGAACUAUAAUCGGAAACAAAUUUCCAAAAGUUCUCCGAAAAAAGUGAAUUCCCAAAAAAACAUUCCCCCAACCCCUUAUUGGAAGUGCGGCGGAAUGCACUACACUCGUGAGUGCCCGUACAAGGACUACAAGUGUAGUGAUUGCGGCAACAACGGACACCGUGACGGUUAUUGUUUAUCCGAAAACAAAAGUGCAAAGCCCUAUCGCAAGAACAAAAAUAAAACUUUUCGAGCAAAUGCAGUGAAAGUGAAUGCAGUGCAACAAAAACGAAAAUUUGUUUAUGCUCAUCUCAACGGUGCUGAAGUGCAACUGCAGUUGGACACUGGAUCCGACAUCAGUGUGGUAUCGAAGCGUGUGUGGGAGAAAAUCGGGAAGCCUUCUACCACCCCUGCACUACGUAAUGCAUCUACGGCUUCUGGUGCCCCCCUCCAGCUCCUUUUCAAGUUCCAGUGUGAUGUCAACGUCAAUGGCCAGCAGCGCCGUGGGACAUUUCACGUGGUCGACAAAUCGUUCAACGUGUUCGGUAUCGAUUUGCUCGACGCUUUUGGGCUCUGGUCGGUGCCGAUUUCUUCUUUUUGCAACACGAGUGCCAAACCAUUCACAUCGUCGGAGUCAUUUGAGGCAGCACCACGUUCCAAAAAUUCAGCAUCCAGCACUUCACCAAAGCACAAUCGCACAGCAAGGCUGAACCAUUUCGAAACAUUCAAGAGGGGAGAAGUUCGGUUCCAAUAA